GCUCUCACCCAAGGUAUUUGGUCUUCCUCCAACAGUCCUGGAAGCCUUCUCUCUCUGAGGCCUACCCAUCAGAUCAGAGCAUUCUCAAAUCCCUCCUGCUCCCCUCAACCCGCCAUCAGCACUUCCUGAGGUCACAGCUAAAAUCUCCUUAAGCACCUAUGGAUCACACGCUUAACCCGACUCCCGGCCCCAGCGUCAGUCAGCCCCGCAGCGGCGUUGCCCCCGGAGGACGAGAUCAAGGCAUGCUGCCCCCGAGCCCGGGAGGCAUCCAGAUGGCAACAGCGACCUCGCUGUAUCGUCCUCUCCAGGCGACACGCGGUCGCAGCGAGAGCGUCGCCGCAGGUGCUUCUGGCGGCGCCCCAGCCCCGACUCGUGCCGGCCCGGGCAACACGACGCUGCCCGUCCCCGCCGAUGGCACCCGGGCCAUCGGCUGGCUGAAGCUGACCGACGACACGGCCCGUGUCGAGACGCUGCGCCCGCACAGAGCCCAGGCCGACGACCAGAUCCAACCCCUCGAGAAAAAGACCGGGGAACUGCUGCCGUUCGGACGUCAGGCCGGCGGCGCCCAGGCGCCCGGCCAGCCCGUGGCUUCCGCGUCUCGGAGCCGUGUCCCAGACCGACGAUCGAAGUCGCCUCCUGCGAUGCGGCCGCGCACCGGUCGAGACUUGCGCGAGAGUGCGGACGAUGCGCCCCCGGCCUCGCUCCUGUCCUCGAGCCUGUCUGCCAUCGUGUGGCAAGGCGGCAGAUUCGACAAUCCGAUCGACUCGCCGCUGAUUCGGGCCCGGGAGUUGCAACUGAGCGGCUAUGGCCGUAAGCAUCCCCCCUCCCUCUCUUUUCCUUCUUCCUCACGGGUCUCUGUCCCGGGGCCCCAGGAUCAUCGUACCGGUGACCGUACUAACAGUUGUCGCGAUCUCCCCCAGCGGUUCGAUUCUUCAUGCUCAAGGCUACAUCGGCCGAAGAGAUCCUUUGCGCUCAGCGGGACUCGCUCUGGGCCACGCACCGCGAGCACGAGGAAUCUCUUGAUCUGGCAUACGCCGAGGCGAGAACGGUCGUCUUGUUUUUCUCGAUUGCACACUCGGGCGGAUUUCAAGGCUACGUUCGUACCAUCCACAUCCACAUCCCCCUCCCCUGCGCCUUUUCCUUUCCUACCUCUGUUCCCCUAGCCCCUAGCCCCCUAGCCCCUUCGCUAACCGUGUUCGCCCUCGCAGGCCACCAUGUCGAGCCCCCCGCGCUCCGACCUGCCUUGCCCGCGCUGGUGGGGCGGCUCCAGGGCCCCGUCGCCGCGCCCGUUCGCGCUGUCCUGGUACUGCAAGGAGACGUUCGCCUUCACUAGCGCUAUGUACUACGUCCGGAACCCGCUGGACGGCGACGA